GGAAACAGGUAGAAGACGUGUGCGUGUUGUUGGAGUCGCUGCAGACCAGUUCACACACUGACCUUCUUCACAGAAACAGAUCCUGGAGCAGCUGAGAGGAAGAGACUAGCAGCUGAGGUUUGUUUGGUCUGAGGAAGGAAACGUGAAGCAGGAAAAAACCCAAUGGAGGAACUAUAAUUAUCUACAAGAGCCUCUUUCCUCCUCCUCGUCGUCUUUCUGUCGCUCUCCCGGGGACGGAGGGAGAAGACCCAGCGGGUUGUCUGGGAACAGGAACGUGGAGGAAUGAAAACUUACAUUCUAAACAGAGUCUGUAAGAGCACGUGCACACUGCGUUAGUGUAGAGGAACCUGCUUGUUUGUUUGUUUGUUUAUUUGUUUGUUUGGGAUCAAGCGGAGCCUCCUGCUCUCUUCCUGCUGUCGACGGUUCAGUCCCCCCCACCCCCCCUGCUGGUGGAGACACCUCGAGGUCUCACAUCACUCGCUGGGCUCCUGAAGGACGGCGGCAGCGAUGGGCGACAUUGACGUGGAGGAGAUGGAGCCGUUCCCCGUGGACCGAGAUGGGAGGCCCCUGAGGAUCGAGGAGGACCAGCCCGACGGCCUCACGAAGCCGGGCUGCUGCGACAAGUUCCAGAACUCCGUCUCCAAGUGGAUGCUCCCGGAGGACCUGCGCAGCAAGUACCUGGAGCGUACCAACUGCUGCCCGCCCCCCAUCUUCAUCAUCCUCAUCAGUAUCGGAGAGUUGGCCGUGUUUAUCUACUACGCCGCGUGGAAGCCUCAGAAGCAGUGGGUGACCCUGGAUGAAGGCAUCUGGACCAGCCCCCUGACCUACAAGCCCGAGAAAAGAGAGGAAGCGUGGAGAUUCAUCUCCUACAUGUUUGUCCACGCAGGUGUGGAGCACAUUCUGGGGAACCUGCUGAUGCAGCUGCUGCUGGGAAUCCCACUGGAACUGGUCCACAAGGGGUUUGAAGUGGGGAUGGUUUACCUGGCUGGAGUCCUGGCUGGCUCUUUGGCCAGCUCCAUCUUUGAUCCUCACAGUGCGCUGGUGGGGGCCUCGGGGGGAGUCUACGCACUAAUAGGAGGUUACUUCAUGAAUGCAGUGGUGAAUUUCCGAGAGAUGAUUCCUCUCAUGGGGGUGGUCCGGAUCCUCGUCAUAGUGAUCAUCGUCGGCACAGAUUUCGGAUUUGCCUUCUACAGAAGAUUUGCGGGCGAUGAGGAUGGAAUGAAGGUGUCCUUCGUGGCUCAUUUCGGUGGAAUCGUGGCGGGGAUGACCAUCGGCUACGUCUUCUUCAGCGCUUACAACCAGAAGCUGCUCAAGGACCCUCGCUUCUGGCUGUGCAUCGUGGCCUACGUGGUCUUCGUCAUCUUUGCCGUGCUCUUCAACAUCUUUCUGUCAGCAGCGUAGCAGCUUUUUAAAAACACUAAAAGUCUUAUUGUCAGACUGAGGAAGCUUUUCUUUUUUUGUUACCAAUGUAUUGUUGUGCUUCAGAGCAAAGUUGCUUCUCAGAGAUUUUGUAAAUGUCAAGUUGUUUUAGUUUUUUAAUCUAAUUCAUUUUGUGAGUUCAAAUGGAAGGGCUCCCCCUACGGGUUUGGUGCUGCAUUGCAACAGGCAUCUUUUAUUUUAGACAAAGGUGAUAAUGAAAUGGGCAUUUUUAGGGGGAAUGAAUUUUAUCUGAUGUGUCUCUUUUUACAAAUAUGUUCCUUGUUGUAUUUAGUUGUUUUAGAUUUCAGACCUUUUCAUUGACAGCAAUGAACUCACUAUUCAUUAUAAUUUUCCCUAAUAGGAAAUAGCAGCCAGACUUUUGUGUAAUAAUAAUAAGCUGUUUAUAAUUUUCCCUCGUUGCCUCUUAGGGACUGUGUUGGUCCCUUGAUGUGUUACAGCACUAACGAGAAAAGUUUACGCAGAUUGUCUCAGGAACAAAGGGAGGAAUAUCUCAAAUGUUGGUAUUUCCCUUUUCUUAUGUAAGUGAAACAACUGAUUUAACCUCAGGCCUUGGCUCAAUGCCGCAGUUUAGGUUGAGUCACAUCCUGCAUACGUUUGGAGUUGAUUAAUCUAACUGACAUUUUUUUAAUCUUAAACAAACAUCCAGUUCUAGUUUAACUGGUCAGGAUUAAAUUUAAAUUAUUAGGAAGUUUUCUAUUCCCUGAAUCUAUUGAUUCAAACUUUAGUAUUACUGGUCCUAUUGAUUGGUAUAUUUGUUGUGAACACAAUUCAUGAUAAAGACUGUUUUCUGUUACAUACAGCAGGGACUCUGUAUAUAUACUGCUUUUGCUGUUUUUACUGAAGUAUCAGUGUCAUUCAGUCAAUGCAGUUCAUUUUCAAAUAUCACAAACUUGUUUGUCCCCACCCUGAGACACUGAGAAAUGAUUUAUGUACAUUCACGAAAUGUGACGUCUAGAUUUCACUUUUUGUUUCUUGUAUUAAACACAUGUUACUAAA